AUGUCAGACAAAAGUGAUUUAAAAGCAGAACUUGAGCGCAAAAAGCAGCGUUUGGCUCAGAUAAGAGAAGAAAAGAAACGGAAGGAGGAAGAAAGGAAGAAGAAAGAGGCUGAUCUGCAGCAAAAGAAGGAGCCAGCUCAGGAAGAUUCUGACCUAGACCGCAAAAGAAGAGAGACAGAAGCUUUGUUACAGAGCAUUGGUAUAUCCCCAGAACCACCUCUAGUCCCAACCCCUAUGUCUCCCUCUUCGAAAUCAGUGAGCACACCCAGUGAUGCAGGCAGCCAGGACUCUGGAGAUCUGGGACCCAUAGGAAG